AUGCAGAACAGCUCCAUCGAUGUCGAGCUGCUUGAGCAGCCGAUGGACUGCUGCUUCCAUCCUACAGAGAUGCUGGCAGCUGUGGGCUUGAUCGAUGGCCGAGUGCAAGCUUUCAGAAUGACCUCGGCUGGAGAGCCCAGCACGUCCACUGCCGAGGAGGUGGUGUCGAAGAAAGCACACAAAGAGUCCUGCAGAGCUGUGCGCUUCACUGCAGAUGGCGCCAGGCUCCUCACUGCUUCUGCAGACAAGAACAUGAAGGCAAUAGACCUGGGGUCAGGGAAGGUAACGCGCUGGCAGACAGACGCGCACGAAGCGCCGAUAAACUGCAUUCACCCGCUCGCCAGUGGCUUGGUGGCUUCGGGGGACGAUGACGGCUGUGUGAAGCUGUGGGACGGCCGCCAGAGCGCCGCCGUGGCUGAGUUCUCCGAGCACACUGACUUUAUAUCCGAUUUUGCGUAUCAGCGAGACAACUGCCUGGUUGCCACGAGCGCGGACGCCACAAUCAGCAUCACAGACCUGCGGACACGAAAGCUGCGCGCGCGAUCUGAGGACGACGCGGACGAUGAGCUGCUGGCGGUGGCGGUGGUUAAGAGCGGCAAUAAGGUGGUGACUGGGAGCCAGAUGGGCGUGCUCAGCCUCUUCAGCUGGGGCUACUUCAACGACUGCUCCGACCGUUUCCCAGGUCACCCAAACUCCGUAGACGCAGUUGUAGCGUUCGACGAGGACACAGUGAUCACUGGCUCGCACGACGGCCUGAUCCGUCUGAUCUCCAUUCUGCCCAACCGCAUGCUGGGCGUUGUUGGCGAGCACGGUGACUACCCCGUUGAGUCAUUGGCGCUAUCACCCGGCCGCAGCCGCCUCGCCAGCACCAGCCAUGAUGCCGUGCUGCGCUUGUGGGAUCUCUCAGCUUUGCACGAGGAAGAUGACGGGGAAGAUGAGGCUGCAGACACGGUGCGCUGCUGCACGUGGAUCUUGAUGGUUUAUUUUUUGUGUGGCAAAGUGAGUACGUGCCUUGAAACCCUGAACCCUGAAUAG